UCUUAUUCGAUGAAUGUCACGAACUGUCCAGGAUACACUCUAGGGUCGCUUGAAGAGUCUGACACUGGUCUCACUGCUCAGCUCACACUCGCUGGACCAGCAUGCAAUGCAUUUGGACUAGAUAUAUCAGCCCUCACCAUCGAAGUCACUUACCAGUCGCAGUCCACUUUACACGUCAAGAUCUAUGACACUGCCAACCAACAGUUCACGAUCCCCGAGUCGGUGAUCGAACGACCUACUGCACCAACAACAUCCUACACAAGCAGCUCUGACCUUAUGUUCAACUAUGAUGCAAUGCCAUUCGCAUUCUGGAUUACGAGACGCUCUGACCCAGGGGCAAUGCCAUUGUUUGACACGAGAACUUCGUCACUCCCACCUACUCCCAUUCCACCUUUCAAUGCAUCUGACCCAAGUACAGCAUUUGGUGGCUUCCCUCUUGUAUUCGAAGACCAAUACCUUCAGGUUACUUCCGCUCUGCCGUAUGGCACCAACAUCUAUGGAUUAGGUGAAGUCGUUGCCAGCAGUGGAUUUAGACGUGACAUUGGAACAGACGGUGGUGUCGGCACCAUUCAGACGCUUUGGAGCCUCGGAGUUUCAGAUCCCAUUGAUCAAAAUUUGUAUGGCUCCCAUCCAAUCUACAUCGAACAUAGGUAUAAUGCGACUACCGGAAAGGCCUCUUCCUCUGGCGUCCUUUUACUUAGUGCCGCGGGAUCAGAUAUCUUCCUGCAGACGCCUCCCAACUCUAAGGUAUCAUUAAUCGAGUACCGCAUGAUUGGUGGUAUCCUAGACUUUUACUUCUUCUCCGGCCCGACGGAUGCAGAAGUCAUUUCCCAGUACGGUUCAGUCAUAGGGUACCCUAUGUGGCAGCCAGCGUGGGGAUUCGGGUUCCACCUUUGCAGAUGGGGGUACCACAAUAUUAGCGACGACAGAGAAAACGUCGCGCAGAUGCGUGCAGCGGGUAUCCCCCUGGAAGUUCAAUGGAACGAUAUUGACUUAUACCACGCUUACCGUGACUUCACUACUGAUCCAGUGAGUUUUCCUGGAGAUGAACUUCGUGAGUUCAUCCAAGAGUUGGCCACAAAUCAUCAACAUUAUAUCCCUAUUGUCGACGCCGCUAUCGCUGUCACAAGGAAUUCAACUGACGUCUACGACCCUUUCACACGGGGAGUUGAAGAAGACGUGUGGAUCAAGAAUCCAGAUGGGUCUCUAUACAUCGCCGAAGUCUGGCCUGGGUACACUGUUUUCCCAGACUGGUUCAGUGAAAAUAUGCUCUCUGUAUGGACUGACAGUCUCAAAAACUGGACAGAGAUGGGUGUCGAAUUCUCUGGUAUUUGGCUCGACAUGAACGAACCAAGCACAUUCUGUAGCUACUCUUGUGGGACUGGCGCGAACUUCUCUUCCGUUGGCCCCCUGACCGAUGUCAGCUCUGUCGUUGUCGGAUAUCCUGAAUGUUACAACGAGACGCUCUGGGGACCAAGCGGGAACAUGACUAUCAACGGAACAUCUACAUAUUCAUGUGGAACAAGCUCGAGCAGUGUGACGGCGAUAGAAAGACGGGGUGUUGGUACAGGUAGCGAGCAAAGCGUCAAUCUCAGCAGCCCACCAUACGCCAUCCAUAAUGCGGCCGGAUCCCUUAACCAACACUCCUUGGCGACCAAUGCAACACAUUACGGCAGCUACGCGGAGCUCGACGUGCACAACAUGUUUGGAUUCAUGGAGGCAAAGACGACCAACCUUGCUGUCCAAUCGAUUCUGCCCGGAAAGCGUCCGUUCUUGAUCGGCAGAUCGACCUUCCCCUCUGCUGGAAAAUGGACCGGUCAUUGGCUUGGUGACAACUACAGCAAAUGGCAAUACAUGUACUUCAACAUUCAGGGCGUCCUACAAUUCCAGAUCUACCAGAUUCCGAUGGUCGGCGCUGACACGUGUGGCUUCAAUGACAACACCGACGAGGAAUUGUGCAACCGUUGGAUGCAGCUCUCGGCAUUCAUGCCUUUCUAUAGGAAUCACAACACCAACGGUGCUCUUCCUCAAGAGCCUUAUCGCUGGCCAAGUGUAGCAAAUGCAUCCCGCAUCGCCAUCGCUGCGAGGUAUGCCCUACUGCCGUACUGGUAUACACUCUUUGCUAACGCAUCGAUGGCUGGUCUUCCGCCUAUCAGAGCGUUGUUUUACGAGUUCCCUGACGAGCCUGAGCUCUUUACCGUGGACAAGCAAUGGCUCGUUGGAAGCGACAUCCUCGUGACUCCAGUACUGAUUCCAGGAGCUACGACCGUUGAGGGUAUCUUCCCCGGCCGCGGUAGCGUAAUCUGGCGCGACUGGUACACUCACGCCGUCGUCGACGCUACGUCUGGAGGAAACACGACACUAGACGCUGACAUCAGCCACAUCAAUGUUCACAUUCGCGACAACUCCGCUUUGCUGUUGCACCAAGAGCCCGGGUACACGAUCUACGAGACUCGUGAAGGCCCUUAUGCGCUCCUCGUGUCCCUCAACACAGCAGGCACGGCAUUUGGCACUGCCUAUGUGGACGAUGGGAUCAGUUUCCCGCCUGGGCCGAGUCGGGGCCUUACAUUCCAGGCUGCUGAAGGCACGCUGGAGAUUGAGAGCCAGGGAGAAUAUACGAUUAAGCAGAAGCUGAAGACGAUUACUGUGCUUGGCGUGCAGAAGCCUACACAAGUCACAUUGCAAGGAUCACCGGUUGGGGGUUGGACUUAUAAGGAGGCAACUGAAGAGCUAAUGGUGUCGAACGUGACCAUCGACCUUAACGGACAGCUUACUACUUUAGCAUGGAAGUAGUUUUCUGGCGUGUUUUUCCUGACUCCCAGACAAGUCGUGCAGGCGCAUGAUUGCACACAUUUACUACACAAUAGUCCACCAAACAAAUGCCACUCGCCAUUCAGUACAGAUGUAAGGCGACGUAAAGUUCCUGCAAAUUUGGAUGCCGGAAGCCAAGAUGAAAGUGAACUUUUAGCGUGC